UGGUGUAUAAUAGUAGCCUGCACAGUGCUUGCACUGCUGACUGGCAUGGCCGUUCUCUACUGGUGGUAUCGUCGGCGCCCCCAGCGUGAGGCUUCGCUGAGGUCGCGCUUCGUGGCUGCGACGAUCGACGGCGGUGACGAGCUGAGGCUGAGCGCCAUCCUGGCUGACCUGAGGGCGAGCACCAGCCAGGCCUUCCGUUGCCCCGAGCGCCCUCCGCCGCCCUGGCCGGAUCCCCUGCUCGAAUACUUCCGGCAGCGCCCGAUCGCCCGCCCGACCCGCGCCCCGCCGUCGCCGCCGCAAGAAACUCGCCCGCGCAGGAGAGCGAAGAGGCGCCGCCGCCACAAGGCACACCGUAGGAGCGCCCAUCCCGUCACCAGGAGGAAGUCGCUGGUGGGCGCGUGCGCAGAGGCGCCCCUCGAAAGCGGCAGCGGCGAAGCCACCGCAGCCAAAAAGGAAAAUCGGGCCGACGCCAGCGUUAGGCGCACCAAAAGCGCGGAGAACGACUACGCCCACGGACGGGGGUUGCGACGCUCCGAGACCAGAGUGUUUCGGAAGGGAAGUGGCCGACGGAGGUCCCUAAGGAGAGGCAGAUUGGUCCCUCUGGAGGCUCGCCCUGCGGCCGCGGGAAGGACUCCUAAGCACUCGAGGCAAAAGCAUUCCGCAGAAGGACUCCAUCGCCCCGAGGACUACGAGGAUGUGCUGCCAGGCCCUCUCGGCUCGCCGACCCCCUCCUUCGCCAGUCAGCGGGAGAUCCUGACCCCUCCCCCUUCGCCUCCGCUCAGGCCGCCUGGCGGUCCUUCAGCCUCCGCGCCGCCUCCGACCCCCGCCAUCAGCCCGAGGGAGAUGGUCGGCCUCCUGGAGCAGCAGGCGGCUGCGUCCUUCCCCGUGCCGUGGGUCGUGGUCAGCGCCGUGGCCCCGAGCGAGCGCGGCGUCUGGCCGUCCCUGGCGUCCCGCCCGCGCCACAGGGGGAGGCUGCACCCGGGAUUGUGCCUCCCUCGGGGGUCAGACCCGCUCACGGCGGACGGCGCGGGAAAGGCCCUCGCGACUUCGCCCGUCAUCCGUCGCAGGUCAAGGAGCAAGGGCAAGGAAGGUCAAGGCAGGCCGUUCACCCCGCCCACGCCUGAUCUCAACAGCCGUGGCUUCAAUGUGUGAACAAGCGGAUGGCGCUGCUUAGUGCGAUGGAUAAUGGUUUUCGCAACAGAUAGACUUUAACCGAAAGAAGAAACCCGUGAUGAAUAAUAAACUUCUUCUGUAAUACGAAAAACAUUUAACUUACACUUAAAAGAAUGUGAAUGUUCGUGUGAGCUGACAUGUGACCUUUUGCAGCUUUAAAUGCGCUGAAUAUUUUUUUUCUUUUAUUCUAACAAUAAGCUGUGUAAUGAUUAUGUUUUUUUUAAUGCUAGUUCUCGCAGGAUGUGGAUCCAGCUUUAACCCUCUGCGCUGGGAUGGUAUGGCGUAUAUGCUAUGCUCACUGUGAUUUUAAGUUUAGUGUGUUUACAUAUAGAUGGCUCCACAAGUACAAAGUCGCCAUGGAGUCAAUAAAUCGUACAAUUAUCUCGCUUGUUUAUCCCAUUUCUUGAUUAUCGGAAAUGUUCUUUUAUUGUUAUUAGUAGUUCAGGGGUUAAAUGUACGAAAUAACCGGAAAAUAGUUGAAUAUAUACUCCUUGAAACUAGUUUUCUUCUUCAUAUAUCGUCCACAGAAAAUGUUAAUAAGGGUUUAAUGAAUGUAUAUGUAAUUUAAUUAUGCUUCUUGAAUCUAAACAUAAGCAAAAAAAAAAAAAAAAAAUACUGUCUUAUUGUCUAGUAUAUAGGUACUUUCCAGUAUGUGUGAUAAUUGCCUUGAUUGCAGUUUGAGAUACAGUGUGCUGCAACUGUAAUAAAAUUGAAAUAAACACAUUAAAAUACACAGGCGUUUGGUAUGUUGCUGCAUUUAUUUCGUAGCGAUGGUGGGAAAGAAGUGUUGUAAGAUAACAAAGAAGGGCCUUCGAGAAGUGUACAGUGGGGGAGUCUUUUAUUUGCUUCUGGAAUCACUUGUGAAAUCAAGAGUAAAAAAAUACUAGCAAAUGGUCGCUAAAAAAAUCAGAUAUCUUCCAGAACCUUUGAGAAAAAA